ACAGUCGUGCGUGUGUGGUGUAGUCACGUGGAGACGGCUCUGUCCAAACAGAAGGUGAGCUGAUGCUAGCUGCGCCGCUCGGUGCUCGACUGAUCCAUGCUGUUUUUGUAGCCGCCCGUCCCUUUUAAACCAGCCUAUUUCAGCGAAGAAUGAGUGAUAACGAUGACAUCGAAGUCGACAGUGACGAAGAAUCACCGAGAUAUCACUCUGUGGCAGACAAACGGGCACACCACAAUGCACUGGAGCGCAAACGUAGGGACCACAUCAAAGACAGCUUUCACAGCCUGCGGGACUCGGUACCCUCCCUGCAGGGAGAAAAGACCUGGAGGUCUUCAGAUCAAGAUCGUCACAAUGACCAAAAACAUCAGUCUACCAAACAGGCGUCUCGAGCUCAAAUCCUAGACAAAGCCACAGAAUACAUCCAGUACAUGAGGCGAAAAAACCACACGCACCAGCAGGACAUCGACGACCUGAAGAGGCAGAACGCCCUGCUGGAGCAGCAAGUCCGUGCUCUGGAGAAAGUGAAAGGCUCCACGCAGCUCCAGAGCAGCUACUCGUCACCUGACAGCAGCCUGUACACCAACCCCAAAGGCAGCGCCGUGUCGGCGUUCGACGGCGGCUCCGACUCCAGCUCCGAGUCGGAGCCCGAAGAGCCGCAAACCAGGAAGAAGCUGCGAGUUGAGGCCAGCUAGAGCCAUUGAGCUGAAAACUCAGAAGACGGGGGCGGCAGGGCACAACAUCCAGCUCCCCUCGUCCUUUAUCCCCCCCCCCCCCCCCCCCAUCUCCUGUUGGGCUCACGCUGGAGACUCGUGUCCCUGGAAAUCUCCCACCGCCGCAGCCGUUCGUCCUUCCAGCAGGGAAGAAGGAGCAAGCAGGGCGGAGGAUAACCGCUUCAGGUUUCCCCAGCUUCCCCCCCCUUAUCCCAGUUUGUCUUAGUUUUUUCUCCUCCUCCGUCAUCGGUGUCCGCCCUGACCUCUUUCUUAGCAACAACAAUCCAAAACUCAAAAAAAAAAAAAAGGCAGCUUGGCAACUCAAGGACUUGAUGCUUUUUGUACCCUCCGGUUAAUCCCUCCCUCUCUCCUCCUCCAGAAAAUCCUCGGAGCGAGAUGGGGGAGCCAGGUGUACUCUUCCAGGCACUGCUUUGUUGUAUUUUGUUUAUUUUUAUGCUUGAUUAAUGGAAAAAAAACGCAAAUUGUUUAAGUUUUUACACACACCUAGAAGAAAUUGCCCUUUUUAAAAAAUGUAAAAACAUUUCUAGCUUACCUUUUUUUUUCUCUCCCCCCACGCAAGAAUGUGAAGAUGCUUUGAGCAGAUGUUUGCGAUCUCCCACCUCAGGCCCACUGAAUCGCAGAUGCGUUCUGCUCGUCACGUUUAACACAGUUAUAUAAAUAAAAAUAAAAAAACAAGCCCUUAAAAAUGGAUGUUUUCAAGGAGAAUAUUCCUAAACUUUGUAUCGUAUUUUGUCCUUUUAGCUUGAAGUAGUGGAUGAAUUUAGGUGGCUGGAUACGUUAGGCAUCUCAUUUAUAUAUCAUACGGAGCAUUAAUUGGAUGUUUUCAAAACUAUUAUGUAAUUUUUUUUUUUUUUUUUGUGGUAACCACACAAGUCUUGGAGAAAAGACCCAAUUUGUGGCACGUGGUGUUGUUAAAGGGUUUGAAUUAAGUAUUGAAUGUCCAAGGUAGCGCCUGACGUUUGCAGUAAACGGCGGCCAGACGAGCCCCGUCGACGUGUUGUGCUUUACACCGUGAAAAAAAUUAAAAUCAAUGUUGUUUAAUCCCCCCCUUCCCUCCCUGAGGAAAAAAAUUAUCUCUAGGAGACGUGUGUAUGUAUGUAUAUUGUUUCCAUUUUAUUUUAUCUUUAGGAGGAUAUAAUUAGUGUGGUAGGUCUUUGUCUGAUUCCAUUCCAUGGAAAUUACAAGUAUGUUGUACAUACUGCCAACAAUUGUCUUGCAAGUUGAGGCCUACCUUUACUAUAAACUUAUAAAAUAAACUAUUUUAUCCUUUAA